AUGCAGAACUUGUCGCUAAUGGAAAGUCUCACUGAUACAGACACGUCUCACCUGAUGUCUCUAAAAGACCUAGUAGCUGAAGGAGGUGAUGUGGCUCUCGAUGAAAGUGCCCGUAACUCGAAUGAAAGGACAAAUAAUGAAGAAAUCGUUAAUGUUAAAGUAACGCAGCAAAGCCUCCCCGCGGUGAAUAGCAAAGGGAGAAGCUGUGGGGGGGUUGGUGAGAGCAGCUCGGAACCCAGCGGGUCCUGGGGUGAUUUUGAAAGCUUCAGGGAGUCCUUGGACGAAUCGGAGAGAUUCAGUCACAAUCUUGAAGUUUCGGUGAAGUCAACAAAAAGUUCUAGAGGCGACGCGGACUUACGCAGCGGAGCCAGCGGCACUUCUGCCGGUCGCUUUUGCUCUGAGCCGUCUCUGCACAGUGGGACACGGGAGGCUUGGAGCUUGCUACAUGAGGCAAACCACAGCUAUGAGGAUAUAUUUAAGUUGAGCUUUCCAGACGUCUUUGUAUCACAGUCCAGAGAGAGCAUAAGAAGCUUAGAUCAAGUACUUGAUGCAAAUAAUGAAGAUGAUGGGAUUCCUGAACUUUACUUGCAGAGCCUGUGCAUUGAUUCUGGAAACAUAUGGAGAACACUUAGAGACUUUGAUAACACCCCCAGCUUAAGACAUCCCUGGAGUAAAUCUCAUUGCCAAGAAAACCUCUUGAGUGUUCUUGGAAUAGAUGCAAAUCAAAAGGACUUUUCGGAGAGCCAGGAUGACUUUUUUGAGGAAUCGAAUGUUAAAGACAAUGAGGACUUCAGAUUUGAUGGAUUCGGUAUUAAUGACUGCAAAGCACUGAUCCAGACCAAGCUUUCUGUGUCACCGGAUUCCAGACACCGUCACCUUUUCACCUGUAACCUCCUCUUGAAAACCACCUCAUCAGAUGGAAACAUGCAAUAUAUAACAGUCCCAAGGAAGAAGCACAUUUUCACUACACACAACCUAAAAAUGAAAUUUUUCAGUAGUGAUGUUUGUUGA